AUGGAUGAAGACUACCAACCAGAGAGGCGACGCGGUCGAGCCCCUGGGAAAAAAAAGAAUCCUAUUUCUGUGGAGGAACGCAGGGCUCGUAACGCCCAGUACGAAAGGGAGCGAAGGGACGGUACUGCGGAGGCCAUGCGUCACUUGGCAGAGGCCGCUGGUUGCUUACCCUCAAUGCCGAAUAAAGUAAUACUUCAGACAGCUUGCCAUCAGCUCGUGCAGUACCGCAGCGCUACAGAUGAGGUGACAGCACUGAAACAGACCAAUGACACGAUUAUCGCAGAAAUCGUACAUUUGAAAAACUUUCUAGCUAAAGGGAAGAAGGCAAAAAAGGACAAAAAGAAAAAGCGGUCUCUUGACUCAAAUAAGUCUUCAAACCAUGGGGUUAAAAUUUGUAAUAAAAACGAAAAAAAGAAGAAAAACCGUAAAACAAAAACUAAAUCACCAACCACCGAAAUGGAACCGGCAAAUUCAAAUAUAACACAAGAAUUUGUGCAACAGUCUUCCGAAGUGAAUACUUCGGUCGAAGUGGAUGCUUCUCCCGAUUCAGGCAUAUAUGAACCUGAUCUAUUUCCUCUAUGUGAUGACUGGCCUCUCGAGCCGGCCAGCUGGGCCCUGCCCCUAGAGGACCCUUUUAAUGGAGGACCAAUGGAGUUAGGUCAACUUUUUGAGGAAAUGGAAUCACCUUACAUUGAGCAGGGUGAGGUGGAAGUUCAAAAUCCAGUUGAAAUGGAUCCCUUUUUAUGGGCACUGUGUAAGUAA